AUGGAAUCAGCAAUUGCUUAUCAUCACAAGCGAGCAUUGGUAAUUGGUAUCAAUAGUUACUCCAGGGAUCCACUGAAGUGCAGCAUCAGUGAUGCUGAGGACAUUAAGACCGUUCUUGAACGUAUCGGAUUCAGUGUCGCAUUAGGCAUCGAUUUCAAUCGUGACGAAUUUCAUGACAUGAUUGAUGAAUUUGCCUCCAGAAUUCAACGUACCGAUUUAACAUUAUUUUAUUUCGCAGGACAUGGAAAACAAAGUGACAAUGAAAAUUAUUUGCUACCUUCAGAUUACGAUUAUGAUUAUCGUGGUAGUGAGCGUGACUAUAUUAUUAACCAUGCUAUUAAUGCACAGUAUAUAAUGAAGAAAAUAGAUGAUAAAUGCUGUCGUAUAACAAUAUUAAUAUUUGACUGUUGCAGAAAACCCGUAAAAGAUCGAAGUUCAUCAUUGCAAGGUUUAACAGCUAUGCACGCGUCAUCACAUACGGUAAUAGCAUUUUCCUGUGCGCCGGGUAAAACAGCACUUGAUGAAACACAAAAUGGUAGAAAUAGUAUUUUUACUGGAAGUUUAUUAGAACAUAUCGCAACACCCAACAUACGUAUUGAGGACAUUUUCAUGAAUGUUGCUCGUGAAGUUUACUCACAAAGUGGUGGGUUUCAACGACCAUUUCGAUCAACUGACCUUACUGAAAAAGUUUACUUAGUAACACAUGAUGUUUCAGCAAGAACAGUACGGCAGACGUCAAGUUUCGACAGACAACAAGAAGUCCAAGAUAUAAUGCAAAUACGAGGUUACAGUGAAGCUACGGGAUUAUAUUCAAAAUACCAAGAUACAAGCAAUAAGCGAAUAAAUUUAAAACAAUUCUAUACAGGUAUGGUGAAAAUGAGGUUAAUACGAUAA